AGAACAGCUCUCGAGACAGCAUACGUCGCGUUAGUCGACCCAGCUCGGUAUUUUGUGCCGUUACAAAAAUCUUAGUCUAUUUGUGUAGUGUAUUGCGUACGAAAAAUUUGUGAAUUUGACUGACUACCAAAAAGGAAAUUGCUCUUAUACAAGCCCAACACCCCAUUUGUCAGAAUUAAACUGGAAUUCCAAAUUUGUAAGGCACAAAAAACAAAUGAAGAACCACACAGGAUUUCACAAUUACUCUCAAAGUAUGUUCCUGUUUUCUGUAACAUAAUGAGCAGUAAAGACAUAGAAAAUUCUCAGAUAAAAUAAAAACAUGCAGCUAGAUUAUGAAGAAACCUUACAUCAGUGACAUCAAUCGUCCCACCGCUCAAAUGGUUCUAGAAGAUGCUGAAACAUAUAACAAAUGGAGGUAUCUCAAGCCGAGGUACCAGGCCAGACAGCUCCAUGGUCCUGGAGACUCGAAUGGAUCAUCGCUACCGCUCUCCCAAUGCAAACAUCUCCAGAACAUCUCAACAAUACCCUCUAAAUGUUCCCCAUCUCCAUUCAACAAAUUUAGACACUUCAAAACACUCCUUGUACAGUAACAGCGUACUGCCCCCUGGAAAUAAAAGCUUAAAUGGGGGACUAAAUAUUUCUCGAGUAAGGAACCAAAGUACAGUGAAUAAAUUCAUCACUAAGUCAAAAAAAGUAGGAAUCAAAGAGAUGCUCGUUAGCUUGGGGUUGCUGUGUUUAGUAAGUUUGUUACUCGCAUUACUAUCAUUGAUAUUUCUGUUAAAAAUAUCACCAGUGACUACCAAUGAUGUCCGUGAGUUACUAAGGUCGGAGCAAUUAACUGUAAUAACUGCUGAGGAAUACGUCGUUGUUUACGAGGUGACUUUAGCGUUGUGCGCUUUGACAUUAUCACUUAAUUUGUGUUGUUUGCUGGUAUGUGCUAUACAGUUCUUAUUCGCGGUGAAGCUAGUUAAAAGUCCACAUGGAGGAAAUGACAGGACAAAUAAAUAUUUACAAAAAUCAUCAAUAAGUAGGGUAUGUGCAGUCGGAGGUUUUUUUGUCUCAAUUCCAGUUUUUCUCACAGGAAUUAUUUUAUAUACAUUCAUCCAAUUCCACUCUACACCAGCCAUAGUGACGAGUGUUUUCAUUGGAUUGGGCAUAAUAUUCUGCGGCUGUGCCAUGGUUCAUAAUGUUUUUAUUUGGCAAAAGGAAAAAACUAAUGCUGUCAGGGAAUUGGCUCUACAACAUCAAGAAACGACAUCUCAACACCACAACUCUCUCCAUAGCAUUACAUCGGUUCCCGCAACCCAUCUAAAUCAUUCUUAUGUUAGCAGUUUUGGUCAUCCAAUAGCAUCUGUUCAUAAUGGUCCAUACAUUUUAAGACCCUCAACUACAACUCCUCCAAGUGGAGAAAAUUUAAAUCUUACUAAAAUGUCACAUCCUAGAGAAGCUAGCGGAUCAGUUAGUCCUGGUAUGCCAAAUGUGACAAUGGAGUUAAGUAGUGUAUGUACUACUAAUUCUCCUCAUGAAUUAUCAACUUUAGUAUGACUUUUUUGAUAUUUCCAAAAUAAAAAAACAUAUAGGAGAAACCAAACUUCAUUAGAAUUAUAUUAAUAAUGAAAUAGUGACUAAUAUAUCAAAAUCAAAUAUACUCUUAGAACCAAAGGAAUACCUAAAGUCGUUCAAAAAGUUACUCAAUUCUUGAAAUGAAAAUCAGCUUUGGUUAUUUUUUAUGAUUGAUUGAUAGUUAUUUUUUUAUUAUUAAUGCCGUUUUUUGAAAGGCAUCAAAUAGAUCCUUUGAAAUUUUCAAGUGAAACUGAAUAUUCUUGGCUCAUUCCGGGCUAUGUCAUUACACUUUUCAUAUGUUAAAUGUCACCUUUCAUUUGUAUUAGAGUAAAAAAUAUAAAUACAGAUUGGCCGUUUUUAAACUUGUUUCUUAUAUUUUUCUUAUAAUGGAAUCCAUUGCUAAAUAGAAAAUUCCAAGCAGUUUUCAAAUUAUAACUACACUCCCUAAGAAAAUUAAUGUUUUAUCGUUAGAAAGACACAAAAUUACCAAUAAAUGAACAAAAAGGAAUUUGGAACAAGUUCUGAGAAAAAAUAAAAAGGCUUUCUUCCCCUUUUGGCAUUAAUUACAGUUUGACGGCGCCAGGGCUUAAUUUAAAUCUAAUUUCUUAUUUCAUUUUAGUCAAGAGAAUACCAUAUUUCAAUAAAAUGAGAGACAGCCCAUGUAAAUUUCGGGAUGAAUUUGAUAAAACUAGUAAGCAACUAUCAAUUACAUCUCAAAAUGACUUUGUGUCAGGACUAUUAGCUUACCAUACCAUACGUCGUUGAAGUUUUAACAGCACGGAUGUCAAAAAUAGCAAAUUUUCAGGAGAAAGAAAAAAUUGCAUCAUUUUGUAUAGAUACUAUAUAUAAAUUUACAUAACUGACAUUAUUUUCUACAAGGAAUUAAAAAACAAGAACGUUAUAUUUAUUCAUUUAUUUUAUUACAAUGCAAUCAGUCUUUUUAUUUGUUAAACAUUACACCUAUUAUUUUAGUAUUUAAACAUUUUAAGUUCAAUUACACUUUUAUUAAUAUUCAUUAAUUCACCUUGUAAUUGAGGACAUCAAUACUAAUUGACGAAAUCACAUAGUCUUAUAAAGAUAAUUAUACUGUAAUAAUAAUUAUAAUGUAACAGAGUGUAAGUUAAGUAUUUAACAUAUUAUAUUAUUGAACAAAGUUAAAUUCGAAAAUUUCUUUAAAAAAACAGUCUUAAAGACAUUUAAAUAUUUGAAGAUAUAAUACCCAGCAUAAUUUGAAGUUUUUCUUUUGUGGCAAACGGUCGUUAAAGCUGUGACAAUGACUAGGUAUGACACGUUCUUUUGAGAAAUUGAUAUUCUGCUUUGGUACCACUUUGGCUUUGGCAGAGAGCUUCUUGGUUUAGGUCUUUUGGGUAAUCAUGCGUAGUCGUCAUUAUAGCUUAGUUUUUAUUUGCCCUUCAGAUUCAUAAAGUACUCUGAUAUCCGUAACUACUGGGUCAUUAGCUAGUCUACCUGGUCAAAUCGAAUCAUACAUGAGAUAUUUUAAAAGGUCGAAGAAAAAGUCAUAAUUUAAAAAAAUUAUAUUGUAGGGCUGCUUAGGAGGAGCUUCCUUUGAAAUUGACGCAAACGGCGAAGCCAGGUAGAUGUCUCUGUGCUUAAUUUGACAGUCUAUUGUACUACAUUUUAGGAAAAUCUUGAAAAAAUUUUUUUAGAAAGAUCACACAGUCUUUUGUUUUUCUCUCCGUAGGUGAUCGUGUCUCUUGUUAUCUUGUCAUACCUUUUUUGAAAUGUUCAAUCCAAUAAUGCACAGAAUUGUCUGUAAACCUAGAGUAGUUGAAAACGUUCUCAUACAUACUUAAACUCGGUCUCGUUUUUCAAAAAUGUUGUAUAAUUAAUAUGCUGAUAUUCUGAUACAACUAUUCAAAAACAUAUUUUUCGUCAUAAUUAAUUAGAAUUAUAUACGUCAAGAAAACAAAAAUCCAGUUACAGCGUGACAUUAAAGUUAAGUAUUAAUUAAUACUUGAAAUUUUUAUCAAAUCAAAACGAUAGUAAAGAUAAACACUAGUAUUUAAUAUGAGAGUAAGCUAGCAAAAAAUAUUGUUAUUUAAUUUAAUAGUAAGCCUGGUACAAGUGAAAUAAGAAAGUACUCGUAUUAAUCUGUAUUUAUUAAUAUUAUACAAUAUUACAUCAAGAUACUCUAGUGAAACUUGUAGAUAAUUUAUUUCUGUACAUUUUAAAAACAUUACUUUAAAACAAAUUUAGUAAACUUAAUGUACAAAAAUGAUGUU